CCAGUCAGUCCCCUUUCCACAGACACGUGCAUGGCUUCCGGCUGGCUCACCCUCCCAGUCUGACAGCCGGGAGCACCUCCAGAGGGGCGUGUUGUGGAGUGGUCCCUGGCCACCUCCUCCGGGCAUCCUGAUGACGUCACUACUGUGCCCAGCACUUGCUUUGUUGGACUGACGGGGCUUGGUGGAGUGUUAACCAUCACCUUAACUUGGGUUAAGGGGUGCAGGGACCCAAGCACUUGGGCCCUCUGCUGCUUCCCACGGGCGUCAUCCCGGAGCUGGAUGGGAGGUGGAGCGGCCGGGACUCGAGCCAGCACCACAGCAGGGACCCGAGGCUGGGCAGGUGGCCUUCUUCCUUCCCCAACUUCCCUUCCCCUCCCAUCCCUCCCGUCCUGGCGGCUCGCACUAGGUCGCGAUGCGUUCGCUCCCGCAGCCUCCUCCCCCAAGCCGUGGCUGACGGCACAGCCGGCCGCCGUGGUGACCCCGGGGAUCAACGUGACCUUGAGGUGCCAUGCCCCGCGCCCAGCCUGGAGGUUUGCCUUCUUCAGGUUCGGACAGAGCGUGCAGGUGUCCUCGGAGCUGGCCGAAUUCUUCCUGGAGGAGGUGACGACCGCCCAGGGUGGUGCUUACACGUGCAGCUACGAGCUGCCAGACUGGGGACCCGGCGUCUGGUCGCGGCCCAGCGACAUCCUGGAGCUGCUGGUGGCCGAGCAGCUGCCGCGGCCGUCGCUGGUGGCGCUGCCCGGGCCCGUCGUGGCGCCCGGGGCCACCGUGAGCCUGCGCUGCGCGGGCCGCGUGCCCGGCAUGAGCUUCGCGCUGUACCGCGCCGGCGAGGCGGACCCGCUGCAGUACCGCGACUCGGCCGAGCCCUGGGCCGACUUCCCGCUGGCCGGCGCCCACGCCCCCGGCACCUACAGCUGCUACUACCACACGCCACACAGGCCCUACGUGCUGUCGCUGCGCAGUGAGCCGCUGGAGGUGCGCGCCCACGAAGACCUGCCCCUCUCGGACUACACCUUUGGGAACCUCAUCCGCCUGGGGCUCGCCGGGCUCGUCCUUGCCGCCCUGUGCACACUGGUCACUCUGCACUGUCGCAGUACACACCGUGCGCUGGGCCAGAGGCCCCCAGGAAGCUUGGUCUAGACCAGACACCUGUGCCCCUUCCCCUUGACUUCCUGCAGUGGGAGAAGACUUCUGAGGCCCCAG